AUGAACAUCGUGCAAUAUCUGAUGGAGAGACUAAGACCUCUUGUGGGCUCAAAAAGCUGGGAUUAUUGUGUUAUUUGGAAAUUGAGUGAAGAUCAAAGGUUUCUCAAAUGGAUGGAUUGUUGCUGUAGUGGGGCUGAGAACACUCAAAAUGGUGGAGAAGAGCUUCUUUUUCCUGUUUCUUCAAUUGUUCCUUGUAGGGAUGGCGUGUUUCAGCAUUGCAGAACCAAAGCUUGUGAUCUUCUUGCCCAAUUGCCUUCUUCUGUCUCUCUGGGCUCUGGGAUUCAUGCACUGACCUUAAUGUCAAACCAACCCAAAUGGUUGAACUUCUACAAUUCAGAUUCAAAUGUUUCAGAAGAAAGCGUCGGGACUAGAGUUUUGAUUCCCUUGCUAGGAGGACUACUUGAGCUUUUUGUUGCUAAACAAGUACCAGAAGAUCAGCAUUUCAUAGAUUUUAUUGCAGCCCAGUGUAACAUAUCACUUGAGCAUCAAGUCAUUGAUAAUCCAAGCCAAAUGGACACUAGCUUCCCUGCGAAUAUGAAUACAAUUAUCAAUGGGGUCCAAUCAAAGCCAUUUCUAGCAGACGGAAAUGAUCACAAAGAUCACAGUAAUUCUUUCCAGCCACCGGUUUCGCCCGCAACAGCCUUGGAGAAUCUGAAUCUGCCAUAUGACAUCUCCGUUGACCGGAUCCAACUGUGCGAUUCUCCCAUGAACUUCUUGCAACAAUUCAACCACACCUCAGAAAAUAGAGCCAAGAAUGAUUUAUUAUUCGAAGAAAUGAGCAACUAUUUUAAGCCUUCGGUAGAGGAUGGAUCUCAGGAGAUGGAUGAAAUGCAUAGGCAAAUGAUGAACAACACAGACAUGAAUGCUUAUGUUAUGGAGCCUUUAGCAAACAAGGUGCAGCAAGGGAAUGAUAAGGAUUCAGUCAAACACGAGACGGGUCGAUCAGAGUCAAUCUCUGAUUGCAGUGAUCUGAAUGAUGAUGAAGAUGAUGCCAAGUAUCGGAGGAGGACUGGAAAAGAGCCUAAAUCGAAAAACCUGAUGGCGGAGAGGAAGAGAAGGAAGAAGCUCAAUGACAGGCUCUAUGCUCUUCGAUCUUUGGUCCCCAAAAUCUCCAAGUUGGACAGGGCUUCUAUCCUUGGUGAUGCAAUUGAGUUUGUAAAGGAAUUGCAGAAGCAAGUAAAAGAUCUCCAACAUGAACUUGAAGAUCAGUCAGAUGAUGAAGGGACUAAAAACAAUGGUACAAAUAGUAAUCACAGCAAUGGCCGAUUAGAGAUAGUGAACCAAAAUGGAUUCCAUUUGGGGCCAAAACCAGAACAUGAAAAGGCUCCCAAUGGAUUUCUUAUACAGACACCUGCUGGCAGUGGUGUCGUGGACUCGUCCAAACAAAACCAAGACUUGGAAAUCCCUAAUGAAAAGGCACGGCAAAUGGAGCCACAAGUUGAAGUAGCUCAACUAGAUGGAAAUGAGUUCUUUGUCAAGGUAUUCUGUGAGCACAAGCCUGGUGGGUUUGUGAGAUUGAUGGAGGCUUUGAAUUCUCUUGGCUUGGAAGUGACAAAUGUGAAUGUAACUAGCUUCAGAUGUCUGGUUUCGAAUGUUUUCAAAGUAGAGAAGAGGGAUAGUGAAAUGGUUCGAGCAGAUCAUGUUAGGGACUCCUUGCUCGAGAUAACACGAAACCCGUCUGGGGUAUGGCCCGAAGAGAUGGUGAAAGCAUCCGAGAAUGGCAAUGACAAUGGCAUGGAUUAUCAUCAUCACCACCACCACCACCACAACCACCAUCUCCACGGGCACCAAAUUGGGAGUUCAGAUGGUGGCUCAUCGGGAAACAUGGGGGUAAGGGGCUUUGACGUGAACCUAAUGCCGCCGCAGUAG